AUGCCAGCGUCAAAGAAGGAUAAAAUUACUAAGCCCGAAGAGGAAAAGACUGACAAACCAAAAGUCGCCGCAAAGCCAAAGACCACCAAGAAGAGCAAACGUCCAUUAACACCAUACUUAAGAUUCGCUCAAGCCAAACGGGAAGAGAUAAAAGCAGGCCUUAAGGAAGGUGAGAACCUUAACAUCAAGAUGGGACAAAUCUGGAAGGAACUUUCGGAGGACGAAAAGAAAGUCUAUACUGAGGAGUACAAGAAAGAAAAGGAUGUCCUCGACGAGGCUGUCAAGCAAAGAAAGGAGAAGUCCAAGAAUAAUCUCAAGGCUUCUCGUGAGGCUGCUAAAGCCAAGAAAGCUGCCGAGUCAAAGUGA